AUGUCAGAGAAGGCGAUAAGGAGAAAGUUGGUGAUUAUUGGGGACGGUGCUUGCGGUAAGACGUCGUUAUUGUAUGUUUUCACAUUGGGAAAGUUUCCUGAAGAGUAUCAUCCAACCGUAUUCGAAAAUUACGUGACUGAUUGCAGAGUGGAUGGAAUCAAAGUGUCAUUGGCAUUGUGGGAUACAGCAGGCCAAGAGGAGUACGAGAGAUUGAGACCAUUUUCAUAUUCCAAUGCGGAUGUCAUAUUGAUUGCAUUUGCUGUCGAUGAUGUGGAAUCUCUAGAGAAUACUAGAGACAAGUGGGCAGUAGAGGCGCUUCGAUAUUGUCCCGAGGUCCCUAUCAUACUAGUCGGACUGAAAAAGGAUUUAAGGCAAGCUAACAAUAAGAAUAGAAUGGUCAGGCCAGAAGAUGUGCAGAAAAUUGCAAGAGCUGUAGGUGCAAAGAAUUACAUGGAAUGUAGUGCGUUAACAGGGGAAGGUGUAGAUGACGUUUUCGAAGUUGCCACCAGAACAAGCCUCCUGGUGAAGGAAGACCCUGGUCAUAGCUGUUGUACUAUAUCAUGA